AGCAGGGGUCCUCAGUGCACCGUGUGGUGGUGGACACUGCUCCUAAAGAGACACACGAGCACAACAAACCUCUCUUCUACGCUCUUAUUUUACGUAAAUGAAAACCAAACAUUCUGCCAAGACCGAUGUUUUUACCUAAAAUGUCAAAUACAACAGGUAACUGUUACAUGUGGUUGUUUAUAGCGGGGUUCAACGUUAACCGUUAAGACAAACCGUCCUGUAUUUACAAACUCAGCUUAUGUAUUCACGAGGAUGCGCGCGCCACUUGGCAACGGAAGUUGAACGUUGUUGCUGGUGAAAACUUCCUUAACCGAAGCUAAACUACUGUUUCCAAACUGUUUUAAGCUAAAAUGUCGGCGUGUUGCGUAUCUGGCUGUAAAAGUCGACAUUCUUCAACCAGCAAACGGUUUUACAGAAUACCAGCCGGGUCUCGACCGUUUCAGGCCAACCGGAGACGUUUAUGGCUCCAAGCUAUCGAGAAAGUGAACGGCAGCACCAAGGGGCUCAAUGGAAAUGCCCGCAUCUGUGGCGCUCAUUUUAAGUCAGGGGAAGCGUCCAUGGACCACGACAGUCCCGACUUUGUGCCCUCUGUGUUUACAUAUGCUGACAAGAAAAAAGUCAAAAGGUACUCCAGUCGUAUAAAAAGACAACGAUGCACAGCCGAAGAAGAAGAAGAAGAAGAAGAAGAAGAAGAAAUUACUCCACACAGAGCUGAUUCUCCGGUGGACCUCCAGUCCUCUGAUUUGACAGAGGAAAUACAGACAUCAUUAUCUCCAUCAGAACCAAAGGAAGGAGAAACAUGGACUGAAGAGGCUGAGACUGAGAGUGAAACCACACCAAUCAAAUCACAAACAACAUCACCAUCAGCAGACUAUCCAGUACUAGACAAAAGGAUUCCCAUUGUGCUUCUAAAACGUGUGUUUGUACCAGCAGGUGGGUAUCAGUGUGAGCAGUGCAAUCAGAACUUCACCAAUGUACCACAGCUUAUAAAACACAGACAGGUGCAUCAUGAAGAAGAUGAAGAAGAAGAAGAAGAAGAAGAAGAAGAAAUAGACAGCACUGUCAUUUGUGAAUCUUGUGGAAAGGUUUUCACAAGUCAGGCAGAUUUCACUGAACACCAGUGUGUCCCAAAGCCUUCCUUUCCGUGCAACAUUUGUGAUCGAACCUUCACUACAAGCCAUAACCUCAAGCGUCAUAAACUGCUGCAUGUCAAAGAUGGCAGGAAGUGCCACCAGUGUGGCAUGCUAUUCUGUCAGCGUCAUAACCAUGUUGUAUUCACGCCACUGGCCGAGUCUGUAACUGAGUAUGAAGAGGAUCCCCCCGAGCCUCAAAAUUUAGACGCUGAUUUGACGCCAGAAAACCAUCUGCUGGAGAAGCCAGAGCCAAGCCAGACUACUGACCUGGGUGACGAUGCUCAGAGCAGCAUGACUGUUUCGUCUAUACCCCCAAACCAUAAGGCCCAAUCUCCAGCCCCAUCUCAAGCCUCACACACCAAAGUGUUACCAGACAUCCCUCCACCGGUGUUUCUAAUACUCCCCUCUGUGUCACGUCUACCUCCACCGGUACCAAGGAUCUCAAGCAAAUCAUCUACCUCGUCUCGGUUUAAGACACCCCUGCCCAAGUAUCCUGUAGCCUCCAUUCAGCCCCCUCCCCCACCAAAUCUACAGCUCCCACCCUCCCUGAAGCUUUUCUCACCACAGUACCUUACCUCAGCAUUUCUUGAGGUUAACAGAAAUUAUGAUUAUAUUUUAAGCAAACCAGCAGGUGUGAAGAAGAGGAAGAAUAUUGUGAAGGAGGAACAAUGCGAGGGGCCUUGGAUUUCUCCUCAUGAGCAAAGUGUUGAGCGUGUCAAAAAGGAAAGAACUGCUUAUGAGAUGGAGUUCAUGCUCUGAUCCAAACAGCGGAGGGAAAUAUGUCACUUUAAAAACAGUGACUACAUUUACAUACCUUCAUAUGAAUAAUAUACAUGACAAUAUUCAGAACUUGAUAAGGAACAUGUGAAGAGCAUUUUCCAUUUGGAUAUUCUGAAUUAGACCUUUUUCUGAAUGAAACAUUUUUGGAUUAAGACGUGGGAAACACCUGGAUCAUUCAGGUUUUGAGAGCAUACUUUCUACUCGUAUGUAGCAUAUUUUUGCAUUCCCAAAGAAAGGCCCACAUUUCUGGUUGGUCCCCCCUCUGUUGGGGUACCUAGCACACAGAUCUGGUACUAAAAGGUGGAGCUGUGAACACUGCAGUCUGUUGAUUGGUCAAUAGAGGACGGUCACUCUGCUCAGGGGUGAGUUGUGGCUGGUUUUGAGGCUCAUGUAACCACUGUUCAUACUGUGGAGAGUUUUAUUAGUAAACUGUAGCUAUAAAAUGAGAGGAUGUUUUGCUGCCUCUCACAGCAGCUGGAGUCUGAGAAAUUUUUUUUUAUAUCACCGAGCCAACCGCCGGCAACUUUUAAGGUGGAACGUCAGCUUGUAAUGUUACUCAAUGCAUAAGUUGAUGAGGUGAAUCCACCAGCACACCUUAAAUUUCACAGUGACAACUUUGACCAUACCUUAGUUUUUAAUAUGACAUACACCUUUAGUAAUGAGUGGAUCUUCAAGCGUUAAUAUAUAUUUAUUUCAACUGGGGUGGCAUAAAUCCCAGUCUUCACCCGGAGAAAAGAAAAGCAUUGUGGAGUGUCGUUCCUGUGGACUCCAGCAACACUAAACCCCUGAGCUUGCCUGAGAAGGACUAAAUGUACAAACCCGCUAUUUUUAAACAUCCCAUGGAGAGAGACUCUCACUGCAGCCUGUUCUAUUUUGUUCUGAAAAUGUCGACAUGCAGCCUCAUUCUGUGGUACCAUGUCUGAAGGGUUACUCUUGGUUCCAAAGGUACCAUACUGAAAGUGUUUGAUGGAAACAGGGCUAAAGAAGCAAAAUGGCACAAGCGGCUCCAGCUGCUCUGCUUUUCCAUAUUUUGACGUAAUGUGUUAGAGCACGUUAUUUGGAGUAUGCAAGACUGAAUCAUCACAAUUUAACCUCAGCUGUCAAACUGGCCUGUUCACUAAUUCUUAAUGUUUGACAUUUCCCUACUUCUUACACUAAGACUUGUGCCUUGUAUCAUAAAGCUAAUAGCACAUUCUGUCAAACAUAUUAGUGUGUUCAGUAGACUAAAACAUAUACAACACCAUUUAAGGCUAAUUCUGCUCUCAGUAAGCCACACUUAUGCUCUCUGUUUGGCAUAAAGUGGUCUCACUUUUUGUUUAGUGUUCCUGUGAUAACAUGUACACUGUGAACGUGUUGCUGCACACUUUAAUUUGAUCCAAACUAGUUCAACACACCAAUUUAUUUGAAUGUCUAAACUUGUAAAGCUGCUGUUUUUAUUAAGCAAGAGUUCUGUAUGUAGGAUGCGUUCCCGUCUUUAUCACUGUUGAGGUGAACUUUGUGUUUUUCACUGUUGUCUGGUAAUAACACUGUUCUGUACGUAAGCAGUAGCUCUAACUGACCUGGAUUGUGAAACUGCACCAGGUGGCAUCUGGACUGCAGGCUAUAUUCUGUAUUUAGCAGUUUGUAGAGUAAUAACCAGUUUAAUCUCUAAACAAAUGCACAGUGCCAUGAAUGAUAUCAUGAAUAUCAUUAUCCAGCAUCAAAUAUGAAAAGAACUGUCAGUGAAUUCAGUUUUUAUCUACCUCAGCGACCAGGAACAACACAGACAGUGUGUGUUAUCUAACAUUAUAGAUUUGUGUUUGCACAGAAAUAACAUUUCCCCCCAUGUGUAUAUAAAGAUACUGUAGCAGUCCCAGUAUUUUGGGUACACAGUUGGCUUGUGUGUACUAAAGUCUGGAAGUGGCAGAAGGCAGGGCGGUGUAUUGAGAGAGGAAGCCACUUGUUUUUCCUGUAACAACAAGCACCAAGCACCGAAUCUGUCAAACUGUAAAUGAGAGAGAAACCCUUUCUCCACCUGACACCGUGAACAGCGACAAGUUGAACGCGUUGCAUCAUAUUCUCAUUACUGUGGAUGCAACACACUCACUGACUGAAGCUACAGGUUCUGAAACGGUUGUUAACGUAUCAGCUUGCUGAUAAUCUUGUUUUUUUAUUUUGUGUGUUUUAUUUUAUAUCACCUCAGUCAGUACAGUCAAUGGAUGAUAACUUUGUACCUGUUUUUGUGUGCCUUAUACACUGUUGUGUCAUAACACUGACAUUAAAACUCUCCAGUAAAACCAAAUUCCAAUUUAAAUGUACUGCUGUGUAGCUGUAACUACACUGUGUCCAUGUCAUGCUGAUUCUCACUUGGACACAGUAACUGAAAGACAACCUGUGCAAUGUGUCUAAACUUAAUUAUCUAUCUAACAUAAUCAUAUAUGCAGAAAUAAAAUCACUAUACUAAAUUUGCUGGACGUUUUUUCA